CGCUGUGAAUUUGGCCCUAAGUGAGGCAAAAUUUGUAAAAUAUGCCAAAAUAUUUCUUUGCUAAGACGUGCGCAACUGCACAAAUAAAACGGUUGAUAAAGUAAACAAAACCUCGAGUAUAAAAAUCCCAAAUUUUCACGAAUCCAGCGUAGUCAAUUUUACGCAACGUCUAAAUAGGUGCGUGCGCUCGAAUUUCACUUCCUAAAAAGUUAGAAUAAAAAAUAAUAAAGAAUCAGGAUGCGUAUUUACUUGCUGUUGUCGGCCUUGUUGGCCUUAGUGUCGUUGUCCUAUCAGCAGACCACUUCAACAUCAACAUCAACAUCUACAACAGCAUCAACAACGACUACUGCAUCAACAACGACUACUGCAGCAACGACCAGUGUGACAUGUACCAACACCUGCACCCACAACUAUAAUCCAGUUUGUGGCACGUACAAUGGCAGACGUCGCACCUUCGAAAACCUUUGCAUUUUGAGAGCGAAUAGACGCUGUGCCCGCAGGAGGGGUACUUUGUCUACCCUUCGUAUACGUUACUUAUACAGUGGCAGAUGUAAUGCAGGCAAUACCGUUACAGGAACUGCGGCCGCUAAUCGAGUUGCUAACCGAGUUGCUAACCGAGUUGCUAACCGAAGACGUGCUAAUGUACGCAGACGUGUAAAUGGAUAAAAUGUAUUUCGAAUUUCCCCGGAAACAUUAAGAAAAGACAUAAUAAAAACUGUU